CGGCGCUCGGCCCCGCUGCAGUGAGGAUGGUGGGCGCGAAGCUGUGCGUCCGGAGGACGGCGUGGGGCGGUGCAGGCGCCUGCAGUGAUCUCUAAAUCGGAGUGUGGGGGGUGGUGAAAUCGAGAACCUGUGCUUUUAUCUAUAAUCCCUCGGAGUCGUCGGCUUUGUGUGGUGUUGGAGCACGCAUCGUUGGACGAAUGAUGAGCGGUGGUCGGUCAAGUCAGUUCAGGACAUGUGGGUAGCUUAUUCUGAUGUUACUUGGAAGACCUAGGCGAACUCCUGUCCUGUGCCCCGACCUGAGUGAACGCCAGAGCCCCAUGACCCAUCAGCAUCACAUGUGGCGAGCCGGCCUGUUGUUUCUGGUCGCGCUGGCCGCCGCUCCUUUGGUAGUCUCGGGCCGCCGGCCUCUGGCCGAUGACCUGCCGGAGCCGCGCUGGAGGCAGCAGGCCGCCCGAAUCCUGCGCUGCUGUCCUGAAGAUGAGGCACUGGUCCGGCCGUCCGAUCCGGCGGAGCUGCCCUCCUGUCAGCCGGUGGGUGACGCGCUCCGCUGGCGGCCGCAGCUACUGAACGCCAGGGCGGGGAGCCGCGGGCCUCCAGACUCGCGGCUAACCGUGCUGCAGACGGGUAACCUCACCUGCACCGAGGGUUCGUUCUGGCUGGACGGCGGGCGGCCCGAGCAGCGGUUCGAGCUGCUGACCACCGGGGAGCUGUACCGGUCGGAGGUGGACGUCCUCCAGCCGGCCCAGCAGUUCUGCGCCGGCCGGCUGAUCGAGCCGCACAACCUGACGGACGCUGAGGGGGUCGCUAUCGACGGUGCCAUCGUCUGUAACGUCAGUAUGCACCAGCUGAGCUCGCUGGUGGACGAGACUCUACUGGAGCCCACCUGUCGGCGCGAGACCUGCUUCCGCAAGUGCUGCCCGCGCGGCCUGUACAUGGACCGGUACCAGCGAUGUCUGCCGCUGCCUGCUAACAAUACCUGGCGGCCCGGCUUCUACAGGUCCCUCACCCACCCGGCGGGCAGCGGGAGCUACCGCACUAUCUGGGGUAACGCCAGGUGCCCGCCCUCGGAGGACGGUCAGUACGGACGCGUGUUUCCGCUACAGCCUGUGUUCCGCGACCUUGACCGGUUCUACCUGCAGACCAACGGCUCGCUCUGGGUUCCCGGCCAGCAGAAGAUGACCAACCUGCCACACUUCUGCGUCGACCAGAUGCUCUACUCACUGAACGGCUCUGAGCAGUUCCACGCGUUCGCGAUCCUGUGCUUCGGCGGCAGUCCGCCGGCCGUGGCGCCGCGCCACUACGUCAUGGAGGCGCUGCUGAUCGUCUCCGCUGCGCUGCUGCUCGUCACGUUCGCCAUUUACGCCGCCAUCCCGGAGCUGCGAAACGUGCACGGCCGCUGCCUGAUGUCGCACGUCGCUGCGCUGUUCACAGCCUACGUCUGCCGCAUCGCCUCACAGACGGCGUUCGUCUACCGGAGUUUGCCCUUCUGCCAGGCCAUAGCAAUUAUCAUGUACUACUCGUUCUUGGCGGUCUGCUUCUGGCUGAAUACGAUGAGCUUCGACAUAUGGAGAACGUUCAGCCGAGUGCACGCGCCGACGACGGGCGGCAGCGGCACUCGCCGCUUCAUCCGCUACUCGGUCUACAGCUGGCUGAGCCCCCUGGCACUGACGGCCGUCACCGUACUCAUGCAGUACGCGCCCGAGCGUCUGGUGCCCACCGAGAUCUACCUGCGGCCCGGCUUCGGCGAAUACCGCUGCUGGUUCCCCGUGCCAGGUCGCUGGGAGCUGUUGGCCUACCUGCACGGCCCUCUGCUCGUGCUCAUGACCGCCAACCUGGCCCUCUUCCUGAUGACCGCUCGCUGCCUGCUCAAGUCCGAGCACGACACGCAGCUGGUGCGAAAAAAGAAAACCGCCGUCGAAAGGCUGAAGAUCUACGUCAAUCUGUUCAUCGUGAUGGGCAUAACCUGGGUGGCCGAGGCUCUGUCUGUGAAUGUGGGCAGCGAGGUACUCUGGUACGUCUCGGACGCCGUCAACUGUCUGCAGGGCGUCAUCAUCUUCCUGUUGUUCACCAUGCGGGAGCGGUCGCGUCGGAUCAUCCUGCGCCACCUGGAUAGUUGGGGCGUCUGCCGCUGGUGUCGCGGCUGUCGCUCCCCGACCUCCGACGGUAGAGCGGGCCCGCUGCUCUCCUCCUCUAAUAAGACGCGCACGACCUCUGUGCCGACCGGUACCUCUGGCCGCGCCAGCCACCUGCAGGAGCUGGAGCCGGUGAUGGCUGCAGCCGCCGGCGCGGCCGCUGCUGGGGACGCUAACACGCCGGCUGACUGAGCUGCACGGCUACUUCUCACCUGGAGCUCACUCUGAACUCACCAUGAACUCUGAGCUCUCUUUGAGCUCUCGGACUCGCUCUGAACUCACUCUGAGCUCUCUCUGAGCUGCUGAGCUCCCUGAGCUAACUCUACCCUCAAGACUCUGCCAUCUCCGACUGCUGUGUUCAUACGUCUGCUGAACUAUUUCACCGUACAGUGGGAUCAUCUCUCGUCUGUCGUCUUUUCUUUUCUGAAUAUGGACUCUUGGGCUAUAUCUUGUACAGUGAGCUG